GAGUGAAGUGGAAGGAAACAGGAGAAGAAGAAAAGUAAAUGGAAAACAGAAAGGAGCGAAUCGCAGUUGAAGUGGUGUGAGAGGAGAAGGAAAUGGAUUGAUAUUUGGUUUAAUUCGGCAUUGGAAGUUCUGGAAGGAUAGAGCGAGGAGCAAUGGAGUCUCGAAUGGAUCAAUACGACAUUAUGGAGCAGAUCGGCCGCGGUGCCUUCGGUGCCGCCAUUCUCGUCCACCACAAAUCCGAAAAGAAAAAGUAUGUGUUGAAGAAGAUCAGAUUGGCACGACAGACGGAGCGUUGCCGGAGAUCUGCUCAUCAAGAGAUGGCACUCAUUGCGCGAAUUCAACAUCCUUACAUCCUUGAAUUUAAGGAAGCCUGGGUAGAGAAAGGUUGCUUUGUUUGCAUUGUCACUGGAUACUGUGAAGGUGGAGACAUGGCUGAAUUGAUGAGGAAAUCAAAUGAUGUGCAUUUCCCUGAGGAGAAACUUUGCAAGUGGUUAGUGCAACUACUUUUAGCGGUUGAAUAUCUUCAUUCAAAUUUUGUUCUGCAUCGUGACCUAAAAUGUUCUAACAUCUUUCUUACUAAAGAUCAAGAUGUUCGCCUGGGUGAUUUUGGUCUUGCUAAAACCCUCAAGGCAGAUGAUCUGGCUUCCUCAGUGGUUGGGACUCCCAAUUACAUGUGUCCUGAACUGCUUGCUGAUAUUCCGUAUGGUUUCAAGUCUGACAUCUGGUCUCUUGGAUGCUGCAUUUAUGAGAUGGCUGCUCGUCGUCCAGCUUUCAAAGCUUUUGAUAUGGCGGGGCUGAUAAGCAAGAUAAAUCGGUCCUCCAUUGGCCCACUGCCUUCCUGCUAUUCUCCAUCUUUGAAAACACUUAUAAAAGGUAUGCUAAGAAAGAAUCCAGAGCAUCGACCAAGUGCAUCCGAGCUUUUGAAGCACCCUUAUUUGCAGCCUUAUGUUGAUCAAUAUCAUCCAUCCUUCCACCCCCCAGCAACCUGCCCUCCUAAGAAGCCUAUUUCCACUGCCUGUGAUGGCCGGAGAAGUAUGGCUGAGAGCCAGAGUAGUAAUAGUUCCAAUGGUGAUAAAGAGAGUUUGCUCUCAAGUGAUAAUAACACCUCGGCAAUGGUGUCAAAUUGCAAUGGUAAAGCCACAGAUACCGAUUCCGUUUCUAUUGAUGAUGAAGAUGGCACUGAACAACCCCUGCCAAUUGAAGAAGAAAGCAGGCUCAAUGUUUGUGCUGUUAAGGUUGGGGAACAAAGAAUAGAAAAAGCCUCUCAGGCUGAACAGGGAUCAAAUGUUCAACCAAAGCAACCAAAAAUCAUCAAAAGCAUUAUGAUGGCAUUGAAAGAAGGGAAAGUAAGAGAAAAUGGUUCUCCUAUGAGAGGCAACCAUGCAAAUACUGGAGGUGGAUUGCCUCAAAGAAAUAAUACAGAAGCAUCACCCAUGGUUAUCAAACCCAUGGCUGUUGCUCCUGCUUUGAAGUCAAAUGCAGAUGCACCAGCAAAAUUACCCUUGGAUUUGGCAAAAAGAGUACGGGGAUCAAAUCAGUUGAAGCAUCAGUUACCAGCAAUUGAUUCCUCUCCAAAGGUUAAAUCUAAACAUGAAGGAAUCCCCCCACAUGGUCCUGCAAAGAAUAUUGCUGAAGAUGGACUAAAUGAUAAGACAAGGCAGAGAACUCUUACUUCCAAUGUGGUUGGACGAUCAUCAUUGGCAGGAAGAGCAAAGCAAGUGGGGAUUGAUUACAUGCCAAAAUCGGCUGGUACGGGAGUAACUCAGGAACCUGAACCUACUUCUAAUCAACUGCCUAAUGGCAGCCUUCAGAAUGCUUCUACGGGGCUUAAACAAGAUCCUCCACUGGCUCUAGUUGGAGUUACUGAAGGAAUGCAAGCAGACAGCAGCAACUCCAUUUCAUCUUCAAUCUCAAUUCAAGCAUUUGAGUUUUUUGACGAUGCAACCACUCCUUCAAUUGACAUGACAGAACAGACACAUGAUCAUGAGACAAUCCCUUGCACUGAAAGCUUAGAAUCAGAUCUUUCCUGCUGCUCAUCAGCAUCACAUCUGCAUUCUGAGAGGCCUGAAGUGUCAUUGAUGGAAAACCAAACUCAUAGAUCAAUAAUGAGUUCAGCUGAAGCAUCAGAAGCUAUCAAAGAUCUUCAGAAUAUUACCGUUAUUGAUGGAAAAGUGAGUUUGAGUGCACCUCUGGAUCCUGCAGUCUUGAAUUCUGAAGAAAUAACUUGUCAUAAAGAUGAUUCUCCUGUAAGCUGUCCAAGUGGUAUGGAUGACAUCUCUAUGAGCAGGUCAAGUAGUAGGAAUGAUGCCCCUAUUAGCAGACCAAGUAUUGAGGAGAACACUGUGGUAAGCAGGCCUAGCAGUAGGCCUGAGACAAUGCUCCAUUCAACUCAUUCCUCUAUAUCCAGUGAUGAUGAAAAAUUCACCAAGAGGGAGCUUCCCUCAUCAGUUGUAGAAACCACACCUUCCACUGCCUCACCGAUUUCAUCUGGCCAAAGCAAUUUGCAACUGGAGAAAGGAAUCAUUUUGCACAAUACAAUACUGGGAGAGCCAGCUGCUUCCUCUUGUCCCCCAGCAAUUGAUGAGGUUAUACAUGUUAUAAGGCACAGGAGUUUCCGUGUGGGAAGUGAGCAGCCAGUGAUGGAGAAAGUGGAAAUGGGUGUCCAAAAUGUGGAUUUUGGUAAGUUGAUAAACGUUGUGAGGGAUGAAUUGGAUGUGAGAAACAUGACCACUCCAGUGACCCUCAAGUCAUCAAGGUGCACUGAAACUCCAAGUUUGAAAUCAAACGUUUCUGAUCUCUCUUGUGUUAAGGAAAUGGAUAUUUGGAACACCAUUUCUGUAGCUCCUAGAUCUGAUUCUCCAGACCCAGCAAAGCCUAGCUCUACUAUGUCAGAGGAUGAACCACCAGCUAAGGAAACAUUGGAUGUCAAGUCCUUUAGGCAAAGGGCAGAGGCACUUGAAGGACUUUUAGAACUGUCUGCAGAGCUACUCGAGCAAAACAGAUUAGAAGAACUCUCGGUUGUAUUGAAGCCUUUCGGGAAAGAGAAAGACAAGGUCUCCCCAAGGGAGACUGCUAUCUGGCUGGCGAAGAGUCUUAAAGGAAUGAUGGAGGACUGUGGACGGAGUUCAUGAAGCAUCUGAGCUAAGCUUCUUCUGGUUUAAAUGAUUAUUCACAUCCCUCUAGUAAUCUCUAAUGUAUUGUUUUCACACUAAUCUCAUUCAGUUGCCCUUGAAUUGAAUUUUUAAACAGAACGGCUGGGUUCUUCUCUUCACCUCAUUUUGUAAUUUGAUUGAACGCAUUUUGUUGUACAUAGUGACUAUACGUAUUAUACUACUAAUUAAUUAAGUACAUUAUUUGUAUCCAGCCAAAUGUAUUUAUUGCAUGGUUUAAUAUACAAAUGUGUUUAGC